AAGUGCACAAUAAAGACGGACUCAUCCGCAGCAUGGCUGUCAGUAUAUAUUUGAAACUUGGACGAUGCGCUUCCUCUCGUCACGUUGGUUUUUUUUGUUUGUGCAUUUUGUCAAAAAUGUUAUCGUGUGUGAAUUUGAGUGGUUUGAUGAAAUAUGGAAAUAUUUCGGUGCUGUGACGUGAUAUGUGUCUUGUUACGCAAGGUGGACUCUUAGAAAAUCGGCGUUGAUAUCAAAUCAACAAAAUGACGUCUCGGCUGGACCGGCUGUUCGUGCUGCUGGAGGCAGGCUCGGGGGCGGCGACGCGGCGCGCGGCGGCGCUGCAGCUGGGCGAGGUGCAGCGCGCGCACCCCGAGGAGCUGCACCGCCUGCUGGCGCGCCUCAUGAAGCACCUGCGCGCCGCCGCCUGGGAGACCAGGGUCGCGGCCACGCAGGCUGUGGAGGCAAUAUUAUCAAAAGUACCCGAGUGGCAUCCACCGCCGUUUACUGCCAAAGAAGAGGAAUUGGAACAAGAUGACAUUGGGCGGCUGAGGUGCGAGUCGUUCGAUAUAGAGCAAGUUCUAGAACAUGGCGCACACCUCAUGGGCUCGGAGGGGCACGAGUAUGACCUGGAGGAGGAAGCGCUUUCAGCUACAGACAUGAAGGAUCGCUUGGUGAGGCAGCGUCAGCAGUUGAACUCCCGACUGGGACUGGACGUGGCAUCCUCGCUGGGCGUGGACAUCAGCGCUGUGUACAGCAAUGAAGACUUGCUCCCCGUCAGAGCCGCCAAGACGGAGGGCACCAGAAGACCAGUGCAAGAGCUGAUGUCCAAAGGGCUCAGUUCCCGCGAGAUGAACCUGGCGAAGCGUAAAGCGCGCGCCGCGUUCAGCAAGCAGAAGUCGCGCGACUGCGACGACGCGUCCGCGCCGCACACGCCGACCACGCCCACCGCGCCCGUCAGCUCCGCGCCGCCCGCGCUCGUGCUCGCACCGCUGGAGCCUGAGAGGAAGAAGAUCAAGCUGGAGCCGCCUGACGAACAGCUGCCGGACAUGUCGUGCGGCGGGUGCGCGGUGCCGGGGCGCGACGGGUCGUGGGGCGAAGGCGCGCGCUGGCCGCUGCACGCGUGGUGCGGCGCGCUGCAGGCGCAGCUGGUGAGCGCGGCGUGGGAGGCGCGCCACGGCGCCGCCAGCGCGCUGCGCGAGCUGCUGCGCGCGCCGCUCGCCGCCUCCGCCGGACACCGCGCCGGCAUGACGCCGCAGCAGAUGGAGGAUGCGCACCAGGAGUGGCUGGAGGACAUGGCGCUGAGACUACUGUGUGUGCUCGCCUUGGACAGAUUCGGUGACUUCGUAUCGGAUCAGGUGGUGGCGCCGGUGCGCGAGACGUGCGCGCAGACGCUGGGCGUGGCGCUGGCGCAGCUGCGCGCGGCGCGCGUGCGGCUGGUGGCCGAGCGCGUGGCGACGCUCGCGCGGCAGGCGCAGUGGGAGGCGCGCCACGGGGCGCUGCUCGCCUUCAAGUACUUGCUGGCGGCUAGACAGGAAUUGGCAGUAGAAUGUGGAGCCCUAGAAUACCUCAUGGCAGGGCUGGAAGAUGGGGCGGAGGACGUGUCAGGGGUGGCGGCGGGAGCCCUGGCGCCGGCGGCGGCUGCGCUGGCGGCGGCGCGACCCGAGAGGCUGGCGCGGCUGGCGGCGCGCCUGUGGCAGCUACUGCGCGACCAGGACGACCUCGCUACUCCGGCCAACGCCUACAUGGCGCUCUUGGCGGCGCUGAUGGCCUUGCCUGCUGCUGCCACUAAAUUACACCCCAUCGACUUGACUGACGUCCUCCCACGAUUGUGGCCAUACCUCGACCAUUCCGCCAGUUCUGUGCGAAAGGCGACGUUACAAACCCUUCGCACCCUCACUAAACCGCUAGUUACCUCAGAUAUCAACGGCAAGACCAACAGUAACAAUAACAUAGAAAGUGAUACAAAAGUGAACAGUGAAAGUGAAGUGAUGACCAACGGUGAAGUUAGUCAAUACCUGAUGUGGACGGCGGAGUUGCUGCAAGUGACGAUGCGACACAUAUACCAAAGGGUGCUUUUUGAGCAUGUUCCUGAAAUACAAGAAAUCGCUGUGCAGGUGUGGCAGAACCUCUUGCGGCACGCGCCGCUCGGCACCAUCCUGGUGGCGGCGUGCCCCAUGCUGGCGCUGUGGCUGUGUCUCGCCAUGCAGCCCGCGCGCCUGCCGCUCGAGGCGUCGCUGCUGCUCAACCCGCCGCCGACCGAGCAGAAGGAGCGGCGCAAUCGCGCGGGAGCGGGCGCGAGUGCGGAAGCGGGCGUUGAGGGCGAGCCGCGGCCCGGUCAGAAGUGGUAUUUGGGCGGCAGCGAGUCGCAGCCCGCCGCGCUCAGGGACGCCGCCGUCACGCGCGCGAGGUGUCUCGCCGCAGAAAUAUUAGGUUAUCUAUCGUGUUAUCUAGUCCAGCCGGCACCCGGCAUAGAAUAUAAAGCUGAAGACGAGAGUCCUAUUGACUGUUACAUUAAGGUUAUGGUGGUAUACUUGCGGUCGGGCAGCGCGCUGCAGAGGCUGGUGGCGAGCCUCGUGAUCUCGUCGUGGGCGCGCCACACCGUGCAGUACGGCCUCUACCCACCAUGCAUAGUCACUGAUAAUAAAAUACAACAAGAAUCGGAUAGUAAACAUACGGAAGAGAAGAAAGACGAGCAACCAAGUGAAUUGGCUAAAAUGGUGCCUCCCCUACUCAUCACGACCUUGCACACGUCGCUCAACCAGUCUCUUUAUUACGACGAGGUCGCUCUCAACUGCAAUAGGAUACUGCAGGAAGCACGCGAUCUGUUAGCCAUGAUGAAGCAUUACAAGCUGCCAGUUGAUAGCGAGGAGUUUAACAACAUUGUGAGGCUGGAGCAGGUGUCAGCGAUGACGGCCGCGACGCAGCCGCUGGUGGCCGCUAUGAAGGCGAAGCGCGCGGCGCCGUCGCUGGAGGAGCGGCGCGCCGCGCUUCACUCCGCCGUCGCCAACUGCACGCUCGAGCAGGCCACGCUCAACAUCUCCGUGCAAGCAGCUUUAAGCAGUGCGGUGGCGCAACUGGCCGCACUUCCUGAACGGCUCAACCCGGUAGUGCGGCCGCUCAUGGAGAGCAUCAAGAAGGAGGCCUCCGAGGAGUUGCAGCGGGCAUCAGCGCGCACGUUGGCGGCUUUACUGGCUCAACUAGUUGACAGGCAGUCGGGCCCUAACAACAAAGUGCUGGUCAACCUGAAGGCCUUUCUUAGAUGCGACCCCGAGUACACGCCGCGUAUAUCGCUAGAGAACGCGCAGGACGCCAACGGCGACUCCGGCAGCGGCGACAGCGGCGCCGAGAGCAAGGCGGAGACACUUUCUAGUCAUGGACCCACCCUGGAUAAAUUCGACGGCAUCAUAACCCUGCGCGAGCAACACCGCAGCGCGGAGCGGGUGGUGCCGCGCCGAGGCCGGCCGCCGGCGCACUCGCAGCAGCAGCAGCACGAGCUCAGCGUCGAACUGUUCCCGCACGAGGACGAGGUGAGCGAGUAUUGCAUCAUCACAACUCUGCGCGAGCAACACCGCAGCGCGGAGCGGGUGGUGCCGCGCCGAGGCCGGCCGCCGGCGCACUCGCAGCAGCAGCAGCACGAGCUCAGCGUCGAACUGUUCCCGCACGAGGACGAGGUGAGCGAGUAUUGCAUCAUCACAACUCUGCGCGAGCAACACCGCAGCGCGGAGCGGGUGGUGCCGCGCCGAGGCCGGCCGCCGGCGCACUCGCAGCAGCAGCAGCACGAGCUCAGCGUCGAACUGUUCCCGCACGAGGACGAGGUGAGCGAGUAUUGCAUCAUCACAACUCUGCGCGAGCAACACCGCAGCGCGGAGCGGGUGGUGCCGCGCCGAGGCCGGCCGCCGGCGCACUCGCAGCAGCAGCAGCACGAGCUCAGCGUCGAACUGUUCCCGCACGAGGACGAGGUGAGCGAGUAUUGCAUCAUCACAACUCUGCGCGAGCAACACCGCAGCGCGGAGCGGGUGGUGCCGCGCCGAGGCCGGCCGCCGGCGCACUCGCAGCAGCAGCAGCACGAGCUCAGCGUCGAACUGUUCCCGCACGAGGACGAGGCUCGUAAGUUGCUUAGGAUCCAAAGAAGAGGCGCUACGAUGGCGUUGACGAGUCUGACAGAGUAUUUUGGAGACCAACUGCCGGAGAAAUUGACAAAGAUGUGGGAGUUUAUCACUCAACCUUUCGAGAAAGUAAUGACUGACAAUGAAUUGGAAUCUCUAGAAGAGGAAGCAGCUGAGGAGUUAAUAUCCCGGUUGCAAGUGGUGGAAGCAGUGGCAUCGUCCGUGGGCAAGGGUCUGUGGGCGACGCUGCUGGGUGGAAUCAGCGCGUGCGCGGCGCUCACCAGAGCCAAGUACACCGCGCUGAGGCACAUGGCGGCGCGCGGGCUCGCUGCGCUGGCGGCGAGGGACCCGCAUCCGGUUAUGGACACUUUGGUUCAUGAGUUGAUCGAAGCGCUGUCGGAGAUAAGCAACGACCGCGUGCGCUGCGGCGCGGCAGAGUCGCUGGCGCGGAUGGUGGAUGCGCUGCAGCUGCAACUCGUGCCCUACAUCGUGCUGCUCGUCGUGCCUUUGCUAGGGCGCAUGAGCGACCACAACGAGUCGGUGCGCAUGAUGUCGACGCGCUGCUUCGCCACGCUCAUCCAGCUGAUGCCGCUGGACGGCGCCGUGCCCGAGCCGGCCGGCCUCUCGCAGGACAUGCGCGAGCGGAAGGCGAGGGAUAAACAUUUCCUAGAACAGCUCUUCAACCCCAAGUCCAUCAAAGACUAUAAGAUACCCGUCCCUGUGUCUGCCGAAUUGAGGAGCUACCAACAGGCGGGUGUGAACUGGUUACGCUUCUUGAACGAGUACAAGCUGCAUGGCGUAUUAUGCGACGACAUGGGGCUGGGCAAGACGCUGCAGUCCAUCGUGGUGGUCGCCGGCUCCCACUACGAGCGCAAGCUGCGCCGCGAGCCCUCCAUGCCGUCGCUGGUUGUGUGUCCGCCGACGCUCACUGGUCAUUGGGUGUUCGAAGUAAACAAAUUCAUAUCGACCAAAUACCUCAACCCCCUCCAGUACGUGGGCCCGCCCGCCGAGCGAGAGCGACUCCGCACCCACGUACACUUCUACAACCUCGUCGUUGCCUCAUAUGACAUCGUGCGCAAGGACAUAGACUUCUUCAGCAGCAUCAAGUGGAACUACUGCGUGCUAGACGAAGGGCACGUCAUAAAGAACGGCAAGACGAAAGCUUUCAAGGCCAUCAAGCAGAUCGUUGCUAACCAUCGGUUGAUACUCUCUGGAACGCCCAUUCAGAACAACGUGCUGGAGCUGUGGUCGCUGUUCGACUUCCUGAUGCCGGGGCUGCUGGGCACCGAGCGCCAGUUCACGGCGCGCUACUCGCGGCCCAUCCUCGCCGCCCGUGACCCGCGCGCGCCGCCGCACCACCUGCAGGCGGGCGCGCUGGCCUGCGAGGCGCUGCACAGACAGGUGCUGCCGUUCCUGCUGCGGCGCGUGAAGGAGGACGUGCUGCGGGAGCUGCCGCCCAAGAUCACGCAGGACUACUACUGCGAGCUGAGCCCGCUGCAGCGCCGCCUCUACGAGCACUUCUCGCGCGAGCACAUGCCGCAGGACAUCGAGUCGUCGCGCACGCACGUGUUCCAGGCUCUCCACUACUUGCAAAACGUGUGCAACCACCCCAAGCUGGUGCUGGUGGCCGAGCACCCGGAGGCGGCGCGCGUCGCCAAGCAGCUCGCCGCGCACAACUCCUCGCUGGACGACAUCGAGCACGGCGCCAAGCUGCCUGCGCUUAAACAACUGCUACUGGACUGCGGAAUUGGCACCUCCCCGCCCGCCGGCGACGCCGUGGCCGUGGUCUCGCAGCACCGCGCGCUGAUCUUCUGCCAGCUCAAGAAGAUGCUGGACAUCGUGGAGAAGGACCUGCUGCAGAAGCACCUGCCGUCGGUCAGCUACCUGCGGCUCGACGGCAGCGUGCCGCCGCACCAGCGCCACUCCAUCGUGACGCGGUUCAACACCGACGUGUCCAUUGAUGUGCUCCUGCUCACUACUGCUGUGGGCGGGCUGGGGCUGAACCUGACAGGCGCGGACACGGUGAUCUUCGUGGAGCACGACUGGAACCCCAUGAAGGACCUGCAGGCCAUGGACCGCGCGCACCGCAUCGGGCAGAAGCGCGUUGUCAAUGUCUAUCGCCUCAUCACGCGCGACACGCUGGAGGAGAAGAUCAUGGGGUUACAAAAAUUCAAACUGAUGACCGCGAACACGGUUAUCAGCAGCGAGAAUGCGGCCAUGGAGACCAUGGGCACCGACCAGCUGCUGGACCUGUUCCAGACUUCACCGGGCCCCUCCACCAGCAGCUCCCAACAGCAGCCGCCCAAGUCGGUCAUCAACAACCUUCCAGAUCUAUGGGAUGACAAACAGUAUGAAGAAGAAUACGACAUGAGCACUUUUGUCAAGAGUCUCAAGAAAAUGAAGGCUUGAACUUCCUCAGGAGCAUCACAAGGAAGUCUUGAGUAACCUUUCCCGCCACUGUAAUAAGAACCUGAUAUGGUUAGGUAUAUUUUGUCAAGAACCUCGAGAGAAUGACGACGAAAUCAUCCCUGCAGCGUCAGUCAAGUCAGGCAUAAGCAACAUUUUUAUUCAGAACCUUAAGAAAAUUAAGGCUUAAAGCAGCAACAUCAGUCAUCAUGAACAACCUCCCAGACCCCUGGGAUGACAAACUGUAUAAAGAAGAAUAUGACAUGAGCACUUUUGUUAAUAACCUGAAUAAGAAAAUGAAGGCUUCCCAGCUGCAUCAGCUAAGUCAGUCAUAAGCAACCUUUUGUUCUCUGGGAUACUAAUAUUAGUUUGAGAUAGCAUUUUUGUUCAUCACAAAAGUAUCAGUCAAGUACUUGUAAGUCAUGACCAAACUUCACAACCUGUGGAAUGUUAAAGAGUAUGAAAAACAUCAUCAUUAUCAACAACCCAUAUUCGGCACACUGUUGAGCACGAGUCUCCUCUCAAAAUGAGAGCGGUUAGGCUAAUAGUCCGCCACGCUGGCCCAGUGCGGAUUGGCAGACUUCACACACAUAAAGAAUUCAGAAAAUUCUCAGGUAAUAAAAAACUUAGUCAUUACCAAAGCUACGCUCUUUACUAUAUACAAUAAGCGAAUCAAUAACUUAGCAAAAUCAUGUACUAUAGAGACUGUAUCUGUAAUACUUUUUGUUACUAUUUUAGUUCUUUUUCUUCUACACCCAUGUGAAACUAGUUGUUAUACCAAUUUAUUCAUAAUUGAGAAAAUUUACGAAAAAGAAAUUAAAGUUCAUUUGAAUAACAUAAAUUAAUAUAUAACUUGACUCCAUAUAAAUGUGAGUACUAGAUGAUUAUUAUUUCAUUCUACAUUUACGUUAAAUUCAAUUUGAACAGAGAUGACCAACCUUUCUAUAUAUAUAUAAUGUUUUUAGUACAAACUACAUAUUUAUAUUAUUCAUUCUAUCUAAAUAUAAGCUGCAAAAAUUAUUAAAAAACUAAUUUAAUGCCUUAUUUAUUUCAUAUCAUAAUGCCAAAGGUUCGUCAUCCCUGCUAUGUCAAAGUGAAGUGACAUGUUUAGUAGUUGUUUAAAUUUUUAGGGCAUAGUAAAAUGGCCAGUGAGGCGAAGUUAAUGUAGUAACUAAUUGUAAACCUUAGAAACAUGAGGAUAACUAAUAAUACUGUAAUAAAAGUGUAAUAUUUUCUCUACGCGUAUCUCAAAGUGCCCCAAACGUUGCCUCAUUUAGAGUUUGACGGCCUCCGUGAGGUCCUUGAGGCCGAUUGAGGUUUUCCUAAUUGGUCCAGGUCUGGUUAGUGGGAGUCUUCGGCCGUGGCUAGUUACGACCCUACCGGCAAAUACAAUUCAGACGUCGAGUGGAAGUCGAAAGGUGUGUGGAUUUUCAUCCUCCUCCUAACAAGUUAGCCCGCUUCCAUCUUAGACUGCAUCAUCACUUACCAUCGGGUGAGAUUGUAAUCAAGGGCUAACUUGUAAAUAAUAAAAUAAAGACAUACUAUCCAAAUCUCUCUAGCGACUUAUAGAUUACUUACUUUUAUAGAUUAUUUUUUAGAAAAAGCGACUAAAACCACUGUACUUUUAUAAAUUAUUAGUUAUUCUUAUGUAUUAUUAGUAGUAUAAUAAGAAUAAGAAAAUUUGAUAUAACUAUAGAUUUCAAUAUAAAUUAAUCUCAAGAAGUGUGAAUUGUUAACAUAGACCAAACAAUAAGAAAACAAAUUAUCCGGUCACAGGACUGUUUGUUUAAGUGUUAUUUGGUUAUUUGACGUUUGACGCUAUUUGAUAGGCCAAAACUACUUUUAUCAUGCCUAGUUAUGUAUUAAAUAGGUAUGUAUAGUAUCACAAACUUAUCUGCUCAGCCUAAUUACAUAUGGACUAGUAUCGCACCCAAUUUCACGAACAUAAUUGUCUGUCAUUUUUGAAGAAAACUAGCUUAGAUUCGGUAUUUAAACUAAACUAGAAGUUGUUGACUGUUUGUUACACAAUUCAACUACACAACCAGGUAUUUUAACACGUUCAUUGCCACACCACGCGAUGUCGUGUGAAGCGGCCUUUUACGCUGUGCCCGGUAAAGCGACAUCGCGUGGUGAAUAUCAAUCAACAUAGAAAAUCGGCCAUUUAUGUAAUUCCAAGAUUUUGGCUUGACAAUGAACGUGUUAACGGAGCUCUUUAUCCGACGAACGAUUAUGAAACAUUGAUUCUGUAGAUUCUGUAGAGACAGUUUUUAUAAUCGGAUUUGAUGGUUGAUAAUGUACUUUGACAAAAAAGUAACGUCUAACGAGGCAGGUCCUUGUGUAAUUAGUCUGAGCUUGUCUGGCCCAGUGAAGAUGUCACUUUUGUCGCACUUUUUGUUAUUUUCACGACCGCUGCGACGUGAGUUCCUAUUACUCUUUGCGCUAGGUCCAGUUUUGGCCACUGGGUCCGAUGAUGUUAGACGAAAAAAGAGGUAGAUAGGUUGCAAACCUGAGCUCAGUCGCUGCCUGUCGUCGAGCCGUUGACAACGCCGCUGAAACAUUUUUUGUGUGCCAGUUGUAAACAUUGAAUGUGGUUUAUGUAACCUAUCUACCUCUUUUUUCUUCUAAUGUCAUUGACCGGGUCAGAUAAGUUUGUGGCACUGUACAUAGAUUUCAUUGUGCAAAUUACAUCACAAUUUCUAAACCACUGAGAUUUUUAAACUAGAUUUUUUUUAAUGCUUUUAAUAUUCUAGAUAUUGUCCAUAGGCUGCAGCUUAUUGCCAGUUUUUUAAGUUAUUAAUUUUAAGUUGAGUCUUUGUAAGCAUCUCGGUAGCUUUUAUAGCUUUAAGGGCAAUGACAUCUUGGUUCGAUGUUUCACUUUGUCAUAAAUAUAUGUUUAUGCUUGAAACUUUCUAGGCUUACAAUUUUCAAGAAAAGCUUUGUAACGCAUAGUGAACAUAAACAAUUGUAAAAUACUAUAUGUAAAAACUAAAAUACUCUGUGGCACAGAAUGCGUCUGGUACAAUCUAUCGAUACAGUAAUAAUUAUUCUUUUUCUACGCCCAUUGCGUAAUUUGCUAAAUUUUUUGGAAUUAUUUUUUUUAAAUGAAAAUGAAAUUUAUUCAUUUUACACAUUACAUUAAAUAAUAGGACUGAGAGCUCCUUUUAAGUAAAUACCUGUGUCAGAAGGUCUCAAAAAAUAAAAAUCAAAUGAAAUUUGGAGCUAAUGAUUGUAUCUCGCAUAUACUGUGACAUUUUGAUGCACUGUAAGACUUCAUACAAAAUAUUUUGUAAAUAAGAUUGUUAAAUCUGUAGAGGCUUACACUGUGAUGGAGCGACGGAAAGAUUUCCUUUAAAAAAUAAUAUAAUACAUAGAUAAUUCCUUAUUUUUUAUUCCUAAUUUUAAGUAACACAAUAAUUCUAACGCCUUUCAUUACAAGUCAAUUAGUGUUUGGAUAAUAAUCUUCAUUCUAUAUACUAUUUAUAUUGUAAAAUGCAUAUUAUACACUGUGGUACUGAUACUGAAUCUUAUAAUAACGCUUUAUGAAUCAUAAAAUUAAAUUCGCCAUUAGAAAAGGAUUCAAUUAAUUUGUGGGUUGUUUAUAUUAUUUAUACGUGCGUACAUAAUGUUUACUACAUAUUAAUUAAUGAAGUUGACGUGCAGCAAAUGAUGGUUAAUCUGAAUGCACCCUUACUUGAAUCACAUUCACCCCAUAUUAAAAUUUAAAUCUCGAUUUUUUCUGAGUAAAGUGAAUCUUAUCACUACCCUUUAAAGUUCACUUUACCUUAAAGAAAUCCUUAUCCAUGUUUAUUAUUAGGCGGUUAAAGUAUAAUUGUAAGUUGAACCACCAUUAUAAGUUAAAUUAAAACAAUGCGCUUGUUUGUAUUUGUUAAAUUUCUAGCUAAAAUACUUUUAACUAGAAAUUAAAAAGAUAGCCUCCUAAAACACUAAAAUUUAAAUAGAAAAUUACAUUCAUUCAAUUCUAAAAAAAUGUAGUUCAACUUAGAAAGUAUUCCUAUUACUAUAUAACUAUACUAUUAAUUAAUAUAUUUUUAAAAUACUUGCGAAUAUUAUUUAAAAUAUAAAAAAGAUAGCAUAUAAUGUUAAAAAUGAUUUACAAAAUACAUUAAAAACAUUUUAUUUUUAACUUGAAACAUCUUUUACCUGCGUUUAUCUGAAACAAUUAUUUUAAAUAAGGAUAAAGAAGUUUAAGGUAUUUAUUUUAUUUACACAAUUGAUUGUUUUAAUAAAAUAGUACACUACAGUUAUUUCUUCAGUAGAGAAUGCGACAGAAUUUUUAAAAGAAAAACUAAGAAAAUUUCUUUUAUCCCAAUUUUAAUGAUUGCUUAUAUUAAAGUUUAGAAUGUUAAGUUGAAGUCAUAUUGCUUAGUCAUUUUCGUAGUUUUAGGCGCUAAAUGUAACGUGUUGAUAUGUAUUAUGUUUUUUUUUUCUUUAUUUGGAUUUUUUCAGUCACAUGAUGCGUUUGGAGUAAGACUCAUCAAUGCUCACGCAAAAAUAUCUGAAUGAUUUCGUUUGUGGUUUAUUUCAAUAAAUAUUAUGACGUAUAGACUGUAGGUAUAUAUAUUUUGAUGUUUUUAUAUUUUAUUUAUGUCAUAUAUUUUUUAACUGCCCGCUCAAUUAAGUAUGACUAAAAUCUGUACUCUUAUUAAAACUAACAAUGGCUCAGUAUAAGUAUACGAACAAAUUGUAUUGCAUCACUAACUCUUUUACUUGAAAUUAUUUUUAAAUUAAAACUGUUUUCAUCUUUUGUCUACGUAAUUAAUGGGUUUGUUUGUUCGAUUACAUAUUUAGUGGUAAUCUAUAAGUUUGUUUGUUUUUUUUAUCAAUAGCUUCAUAAUUUAGG